CCGAAAGGUCUCUUAGCGGAAAUAGUGUUGUUGAUUUGGUAGUGGGCUAAAUUUGUCGUCAACACAGCUGUGGCCUCCCAAUCCACAACCACCUGGGCGUGCGUUGAAUUGAGUCAUUGAUACCGUUUUCUGCACGGUCGUUAUCUUUGACCGAACUUCGGUGGGACAAGUGGUUCGAGGAUGGUCUUGUCCACAACACAACAAGUUGCCCUGGCGUUCACGGCGGUGCUGUUCACGUUUGUAGUCCUGCCAAAGCUGUUCGGCACUGGGACGAAGGAAUCGAGGCUCGACCCUCGCUACUCCAGAAAAGGUGCACUUCGAGGUCCGCCGGUCAGCAUGGGAGACCCCAGCUCACAUCAGUCGGCCGAGAACAUGCGGCAGAUGAAGAAACUGAUGGAGCAGGAGAUGAAGGGCGACAAAUUCAAAUCCAACAACAACGGGAAGGGCUACGUGUUCACGCUCAUGCCGUUGUACGCCAUUGGGGUCGGAGUGUUUGCGGCAUACAAGUUUUUGAAGAUCAAGUCUUCAGAUGACCAAGCACAAAAGGAGAAAUUUACAAAAGGGGCCAAAAAGUCGGCCGAGGCAGAGAACCAGUUGAACGAACUGGAACAAAGGCUCGCCCAAACAGAAAGGAUGCUCAAUUCUAUUCUCACCCAGCUCGACCCGCUCACAAACUGCGCAAAAUCUGUGGCCCAGGAGCAGAAGAACGAGAUCAUGAGCCAACUCCAGACCAUCCGCGAUCUCAUGAAAAAGAGAGGAAUGGACUGCCCGCCUAUGAACGAGGCCGGCUUUGAGCAAAGCCUGGGCAACCUCAUCGAGACGCUGGGCGCCAGCGGGACUUCGCCGGCCGGAGACCCGCGUGCCGAAAAACCCUCCGAAAAGCCACUCGACGUCGCCGAAGCCGGCGACGUCAAGAAACCUCCCCCGGAGGAGGAGAUGGCGGAAGAGAAAAAUGACGAAACAGAAGAAACGGAGGAGGUUAAAAAAGACGAGGAGGAGGAGGAGGAGGAAACGGAGGAAGGAGACGAGGAGUUUGAUUUCAUGCCUUCGCUCGCCGCCAGAAACUGUGAGGAGAGCGGCAAAGAGCAGCAGGCAUGCGGCCUCAGGCGACGCAACGUACCGGAAUGAACUUCUCGCAGGAAGUAUUUUACUGUAUAUGAUUAUUUAUUCUCUGAAUAUUCGUCCCAAAAUGUGGAUCUAUUCAGUUUUAUCGUCCACCAAAAAAAAAAAAAAAAAAAAAUUAACCAGGGCUUUAGUAGUUGCUGAUUCAGCGUAAGUGCAGUAAGUCUUCUGUGCAAUCAGCAGCUGUUAUUAGAUGUGGAAAACAAUACAUAUAUUUAAAAAGAAAAAAAUAUGUGCCUUUUUAAAGUUGAGAUGAUACUGACUCAUACAAAAUUAAAAUUUUGAUUUAAUCACCUUUGUCAGAGCUGCUCAAACUGGCCAGGGGUCUUCAUUUUCACAACUGCCGAUGAGACCGGGUGUCGAUUAUGGGUAAGGCUUUUUAUUUUUAUUCUCUCUUGACAAAGUUAAGUGUAACAAAAGCAUUCUCGUAAUUUUUUUUCUUUCUCUAAAAUGUAAAAAAAAAUUACAAUGAUUUAAUGCCCGAGUGAAGGGCACCUGAGCAGUCGAUUUGCCGUUUGGCAUUCUGAGACUGUUGGAGCUGCGGCCACUAUUUGAGGAAAAUAAAAUGGUACACAAUUUUAGUUGACGUACCAAAUUUCCUCAAAUACUGUCAUCCGCUCCAAUAGACGCCACCACACCCCAAAUAAUUGAAUAAAUUAGAACCACACCUACAAUCGACAUAACUCCCAAGAUCAAAACGAUGUGUUUUUAAAAUGUUUUAUUCCUUAACAUUUGUGUAAGUGCCUUACCCCUUAUCGAUGACCAGUACUCGUUGAAGUUGAGUAAAUGGGCACCCUUUUGCCAUUUUGAGUCGCUGCAGCGAAAUGACAAUUUCUUUUACCGCGGUGUCUUAAAAGGGAACUUCUGAACUGUAGGGGGAGCCCUGGAGCUGGAGGGUGGCGGGGUAACCAAAACAUUAUAACUUGAAGUCCGUUUGAAUAAGUCUUUAGUUUCAUAAAGUCAUGGACAGCAAAACGAUGCUCAAAGCAGAAUAUUGUCUGAAUGGACAAAUUCACAUUAUUUCAAAAAGGUAUGCAUGUUUUUGUGACUUGUCUGCCUGUGAAAUUUGACGGCAUGUUAUGAAUAGUUUUUGAAACAAAACAGUGGACCCUCACAUUUCGUAGUUCGAAUCUGCCUCAUUUUAUUUCCUCAAUGACUUUUCAACGAAAACAAAAGUGGUCCUGAAUAGUUUCCAUUUUAUUUUGUGUCGUCCGUUAUCUAUACAUUGUGUGUCACGUGAACGGAAAUAAAUAGAAAAGAAUCACUUUA